AUGGAUCAAAGACUCUACAUUGCUUCUUGCAAUGGGGACGUAAGAGCUUUACAAGAAUUACUAAAACAAGAUCCUCUUCUUCUUCAUAAUGACAUUCUUACACCAUCUGACACUGCACUGCACAUAGCAAUAAAACUUGGGCAUUUAGACUUUGCUAAAGUGGUUCUAAAUCGAAACCCUGAAUUAGCAACAGAGAUAAAUCAACAGGGAUUUAGUCCAAUUCAUUUGGCUUCAACAAAAGGGUACUCACAGAUUGUGACAGAUUUGCUUAACAUUAACAGCAAGCUCUGCUUUCUUAAAGAUUGCGACGGAAGGACUCCUCUCCACUGUGCUGCCAUAAAAGGAAGGCAGGUUGUUAUGGAACUAUUACUAUCAUGUUGCCCUGACGCAGCUAAGGAGCUCACUCAUAGAGAGGAAACUGUGCUUCACCUUGCUAUAAAAAAUAAGCAGUGUGAGGCUUUCAAAUCUUUACUUUCACUUCUUGUUCAUAAAAAUCUUGUUGAUGAUCUUGUCAAUUGUGUGGAUCAAGAUGGAAACACUAUGUUGCACCUGGCAGCUGCAAGGAGACAAGUGCAGACUAUAAGAAUUUUGUUAAAAGAGACAAAGGUGAAUGUCAGUGCUGUGAAUUCAAAUGGCCAUACUGCGUUUGACAUUGCAAAAUUAAUCACGUCAGGAACCGAUGACAUGAUCAUUGAGAAAAUGCUCUAUGAAGCCCACCAACAAAGAGGUUCAGAAUCUCCUGAAGAGCAAAUUGUAGUGGUUGAUUCCCUCCAAAAUGAAGCAAUACCCACAACGAAGUACUCAGAAAACCUAACAGUGCAUGCAAUAACCACAAAUGUGGGCACAGUAAACCCAUCAGAACCAUUAAGAAGAUUAGGAAAACGUUUCGAGUCAGUGAAAAACGGUAUUAUCAUUUUAGCUUCAAUGAGUGCAGCUUUUAGUUUUGGAGCUGCACUGAGUCCUCCUGGUGGUCUUUGGCAGGAUUGGCCUUCUAGUAAUAAUUUUACAAAUACUACUCAAACAACAAAAAUAGAAAAGUUCAUGAACUCAUUACUCUUAGACCCAAUUCGUUUCUUUCCAAAAAAAAAUCAAUUUUUAAAAACUCCAUGUUUAAAUUUCUCUUCUCCAAAUCUUUUCCAUCCUGGUAAGGCUAUGAACAUUGCGUUAGCUUCAUAUGAUUUUGUUCGGUUUCUAUACUCCGAUGCUCUUUGCUUCACUUCUUCAUUAGUGACUAUUGUUCUGAUCAUUAUAACUCCUGCCCGAGGUGAUUUGAGAAAUAUGUUUAUAUUUUUCAUGACACUGAUUAUCAUUGGGUCUUCUAUGUAUCUCUACUACUGUGUUUUGGCUCUUAUAGCUAAUGAACAAUUUGCUGGAUGGGCCUUCAAGAUGUUUGCCAGACAAAUUUCUGGUUUAUUGUUUACGACAAUUUGUUUUUGGAUAAUCCCAUUCUUUUUAAUUAAGAUUGUUGAUUUUUGUUCAAGAUUAUUGUUGAGAUCGUCAUGA